AUGGAAAAGGAAGAUCAUAAUAAAGUGUUGCGCACCUCAAAGGAGCAGAUAGAGUGCUAUCUCAACUUUGUGCGGGUUCACCCGAAGAUAAGGCUGCAUAAAAACGACCCAUUGCGGCCGAAAAGAAUGGAGGAGCUUUGGGCGGAACUCUCCGUGCAACUAAAUGCCCUAAAAGAGCCCACUCGGAACCCCAUCAAAUGGAGAGAGAAUCUGAGCCAUUGGAAAAACCAAACAAGAUCACGUGCAAGGAAAGCCAAGGCGCAAAAGCUGGUGACAGGUGGCGGUCCCAACUCAACAAUUGAGCUCUCCGAAACGGAGCAGAGAGCUUUGGAUACGUUGGGGUCAAUCGCGGUUGAUGGGUUGGCUGAUGUACCAGCCAUUGGCACAGAGAAAUAA